CAGCCUGCGCGUGAAAAUAUGACGUAUACACGUUCCCAUAAUGCUUCGAGGAAACAGUUCUGAUCCAGUUUAUUCCAUGAAAUCAGACUGGUGGUGAGCCAUAAGAGGCAGUGAGAUCACGUUGAAUUUCGACUUUUGUUGCUCUGUGCGUUUACAAACCCACAAUCGAACAGUGACACCAGAAACAUGUGGUUCAGGUUCAAUUUUCAUGUUCCGAAAGGAGUGUGACUUUCAUCAAGCCUUUCACCCUUCAAUUCGGAGGAUUCCUCCCCGUCCGUCGAUUCGUGUCGACCAGGCAAUGACAGCGGCCCCAGCAACCCCGCAGCAGAUGAGAGACCGGCUGCUGCAGGCCAUCGAUAGCCAGAGCAAUAUCUGCAAUAUGGUGGCAGUACUGGAAGUAAUCACACAUUUGGAGAAAUUCCCCAUCACCAAAGAAGAACUUGAGGAAACUCGCCUAGGAAAACUGAUUAAUGAUGUAAGAAAGAAAUCAAAAGAUGAAGAUUUAGCGAAACGGGCCAAGAAGCUCUUGCGCACCUGGCAGAAGCUUAUUGAACCAGGCCAGAAUGACACACCGACCAGGUCAGGACCUGGAACACCGGGAUCAGCCAAUGGUGGAGCCCAUCCUUACAAACCCGACAUCUCGCCGGUAGCCGCACCGCCACCGGGCAAGGUCGGCCCCGAGCUCAAAAGUCGAAAUGACGUCCACAACACGUACUCCCCCAAAGCAGAGAAGUCGAGCAGCCGCAAACGAAGGGAAGUCCACAGGGGUGGCCUCACCCCUCCCUCUAAAGUGUCCAAAACCUCUGCUUUCGAGCAGAUGUCUUCCCCGCCCUCUAAAGUGUCCAAAACCUCUGCUUUCGAGCAGAUGUCUUCCCCGCCCUCUAAAGUGUCCAAAACCUCUGCUUUCGAGCAGAUGUCUUCCUUCACGCCUCCAUUAACCAACGGCAUCGGGGGCAGCCCGGAGACCCUGUCAGAUAGGGACUCCCUCCAGCCCUCCGACAGAAACCGCACUGAGCACCUUGACAAUGACAGACACAGUAAAAUCCCCGUCAAUGCCGUCAGGCCUCACUCUAGCUCUCCGGGGCUAACAAAACUACCUAGCACUUCGUCCCUGAUCAAAGCUGCUGUCCUGCAGCAGCACGCUCGAAUGGAAAGCGGUGGCGGUGGAGGACCGCACCAGCCCAGAAGCCCUCGCGUGUCCUCCCACAGUCCCAGAAGCCCUCGCGUGUCCUCCCACAGUCCCCGUAGCGCAACCCAAGAGAUGCUCUCCAGAAGGUCUUCAACGUACGCACCCAAGGAGAGCCUCUCCAGCCCGUCGCCUAGUUCAGUCCAAGUGCCCUCUCCGUCGCCUGUCCUCCUGCAGUCGUCACAGUCUCCUGAAAGGGAGUGCUUCGCUGAGAAACGCUCUCCUCUGCGACACGAACCCUCGCCGCACUUGCACGGCUCCCCGGAGCCUGGUUCCCACCCCCAACACAGCACUGUAACGCGGGAGCCGGACCCUGCCUCCCAGCAGCACGCCACGCACGUUCACAAAGUGGAAGCCUCUGUCGCUCACAGACAUGCGGCAGGCGAGGGUGAAAGCGUGACCUCAGGUAAAGAGGGCAAACGUUUGAAAAAGUACAGGUCUAGAGACUAUGUGGUUAACCUACAAGGACAGCAACCUUUAGAGGACAGGACAAAGCCUGUGCGCUUAAAAGAGCGGAGGCUAACAUUUGAUCCGGUGACGGGUCAGAUCAAACCCCUCUCCCCUAAAGAGUCCCACCCGGAGGAGGAGACCCCAGUGCCGCCACCUCCUGCCCCUGAACCCCCUCAGCAAAAAAACCCCGCCGCCCCAGCAGCACCCAACCCCUUCCAACAGACAAACUGGAAAGAGCUGUCCAGGAACGAAAUAAUCCAAUCGUACCUUAACAUCCAGAGCAAUGUGCUCACCUCCUCCGGUGCACAGACCCACGGAGCGCACUUUUUCAUGUCGGAAUAUUUAAAACGAGAGGAGCCCGACACAAAGGAGACGCGAAAUACUCACGUACUGGUGCCCAGCACCCCCCAAACAGACCGACCUGGUGUGACUAGAGAGGUGUCUGAGGACGACCUCCAUAGAAUACACACAAGUCAUUGGCCAGGGGUUAAUGGCUGUUAUGACACCAAGGGCGCCUGGUUUGACUGGACAGAGCCCAUAGCCCUAGACCCACAUGGAGAUGAGGGUCAACUGCUCAUCUUGCCAUAUGUCAGCCUGGACUGAAAGGACUGGGCGUCUUUUUUGUUUGUUUGUUUUUCAUUGAGAAAAAAAAGUGACAAGUCAUUGUUUGUAAACCUACUGUGAUCUGGAAAUGCCACAAGCACCACUGGCCCACUACUCCAUGCCUCUUGUGUUUCUGUGAAUCAGAAUAGGUGGAUUAUGAGGAGGGUCCUUGGCAGUUGGCUUUUUGUUGUUUUGUUUUUGUUUUUUCUUUUGUUUUUUCUUUCCUGCAAAGGCGCUCCGUCGCAGUGCUGCUAGAUGUGGAGGCAAGUGGUUGUGAGGAAAUGCAGUGUGGGUUCAGGUGGCCAGUCAGUGCAAGGGGGCCCUGUAAUGCCAGUCAAGGGUUAUGACAAGCACAGUGAAGACUGAACAUGUCCAGCAAGUCUGAGGGAUUAACAUUUUUGUUCGGAAGUUACAAGAAGCUUUAUGUGAUACAAAAAUACGUAAAUUAUAAUUUUUAUCAUGUAUGCAUCUAUUUAUUUGACCUUAAUAAUUAAAGAUUAAUAAUAAGACUUUAGUAGCUGUGUGCAGCUCUCCAUUCAGAUGUCAUUCUUGGCCUUGGUUGAAUUGUUUUACCACAUACAGGUUGUGUGUGUCCAUUGAAAUGAACACACCAACUUAUGACGACAUUCCAUAGGCUUCCCCUUUGACACAGAUCUUUCAGGACAGUAACUUAAGUUUUGAUUAAACUGUGCCCCAGUAAAGCCAUGCUUUCGAGCUUUGAUUUUCUUCCCCCAAAAAAUAACAGGAUGCUCCUGUUUUGCGGUUUAGUAUGGGCUUAUGCCCCGAGGAAAAAAUGGACGGGAUUGGGGGGGAACAGGGUGCUACUGCAUUUCAUCCAUUAACCAGGAAUAGCAGGAGAAUUGACAAUAUGCUGGAACUCUUCAUAUUAUCAUUCCUUCAUAUAUUGUUUGCCUUAUGUGAAAUCAUGCUUCAAGGAGCUUCACUGAAUGUAUGAUGGUCAGACGGGCUGUCUUUUAAGUUGGUACUGAAGGGAACAUUUUUUUUUGGUCAUUCAAAAAAAAUACCGUAUGUGUUUUGAAGUACAAACAGCUUGCAGUUCUGAGUUUCUGUACAUAUGUUUUAAUCUGUUCACUUGUUAAUAUUUGUCACCAUCUCCUCCACUAUUCUUGAUCUGGAUGUUCAUUUCAGUUUCCGGAAUUAUCAUUGAUGAUUGAGCCAUGGUUUGUGAACUUAAGCCACCACUAAAAGAAAGCUGUCUAAAAUAAGAAUUAUGGACAUGGCGGCUGUUCAAAUAUUAUCCUCCACCCCCCGUAUCCUUGUAUUUCAUUUUUUUUAAUGCCAUUUUUUUGGGAAGACAGAAUCAUGCUUACAUUGUAUCUGCUGCCGAAUUGCAAACACUGUGGUCCGCUACCUUCCUCCCUACCAAUGUGCCUUUUGAUGAAGAUAAAUUUCAGCUUAGUUCCUUUCAGUGUACUUUAUUUAAGUAAAUACCCCCUUAACCCCCAGUGGUCCAUGUUAAGGCUGUCAUUGAACUGGUCAUUGUUUUGUAGUUCAAGUAUAUGGAGAAGUACAGUUUGCAAUAAAAACAAGCCGGUAGAUUUGUUUUUCAGCUGAUCGUUGAGGAUCAGGGAUUUCUUUAAGUGUUUAACAUCACUCAUCUGUUUGAAAAUAAAGAAGAAAUCAAAAACCUU